AUGACCUCGGCGGCGGGUGGCGUCGCGCCGCCGCCCGCCGUGAAGCCAUGUGCCCCCCUCUCAAAGCUCCCAAAUGCGGCGCCGCCGAAGAAGGGCAAUGCAUCCGCAAAGAAGAACAAGGUGGCGGACGGCUCCGGUUCCUCGAAGCCGUUGGGGAAGAAGCUUGUAGUGCGUGUGACGGGCGCGACGGCUACCGAAGCGCCGGCGGCCGACGUGCACAAUGUGUUCGACAAAAUGCCCCAAAGUGUCAACGAUGAGGCAUACAUGUCAACUAUUGGUGUUGGCUCCAAAAAUUCACAUUGGUCUCAAACCAAUGACAUGCAUUUCAAAGACCAUGAGGUCGAGGUGGACGAGGAUGAUGAGGGCAUUGUUGACGCACCGAAAGGAAGAGGAGGCAACUACACCAAUGAAGAAGACGUCUUGCUAUGCAAUACUUGGUUGCAAGUGUCGAGGGAUCCAUCUGUUGGAGGUGAUCAAAGUAGAGAUGCUUAUUGGAACCGGAUGAAGGAACACUUUGAUGAUGAUGAGAAAUGGAAGAAGCGUGAUGAUAUAGAUGAUUUAGAUUUGAGCAACAAACGCAAGCGAACAAUUGAUUUGGAUGAUGAUGAGGAGGAGGCAUCAAGUGAUGACGGCAAGAGAAGCCCCACACCAAACUCAGUUUCAUACUCGAAGCCAAAACGACCGGAUGGAACCAAGAAAGACGCAAAAGAAAAGAAGAAGAGGAAAGGAGAUGAUGAGCUCAAAAAUGCUAUGGAAGCUAUUGUGAAGGCAAGAAAAGAAGCCAACGAGAUGAGGAAAAUGGCAAGGAACCAAGAUGCCGCGGUCGAGGAGAGGAGGUUAGCGGCCGAGGAGAGGAGGGUGGUGACCGAGGAGAGGAGGGUGGCAUUGGAGGAGAGGAAGGUGGGCAUGGAUGAGCGAUCUAGAUGGUUGGAUUGGGAGAAGCACUUGUUCUUCUUGGACACAUCUAUCCUCAAUGAGGCGCAAAAGGAGUAUGCCAAUCUUGCCCGUGAAGAAGUCUUGAUCCAAAAAAGAGCCAUGAUUCGUGCCAUGGGUGGCGGUGGCCUUGGCGGCAUGGGUGGCGGUGGCCUUGGCGACAUGGGAGGCAUGGGUGGCUUCGGAGCUACCAUGGGCGGCAUGGGUGCCAUGGGUGGCUUUGGAGCUACCAUGGAGACCAUGGGAGGCAUGGGUGGCUUUGGAGCACCUCCGGGCGCCAUGGUCGGCAUGGGAGGCAUGAGUUUUGCAUCUCUCAUGGGAGGCAUGGGUGCACCUCCGGGCGCCAUGGGCGGAAUGUCUUCCGAUGUGCCUCACACACCUUCCCAUGAAGAUGUCGUUGAAGAUCUUGCCAACACCGUCCGAGCGUCAUGUGAUGCGGCAUGCGACAAUGAAGAGGAGGAGGAAGAAUCGUCUUCGGAGGAGUCAGAUGAAUCGAAGGAAGAUGAGGAUGAAGACGAGGACGAGGCUUGA